AUGGUCGGGCGGGACGGGACAGAUGAAAUCACAGCACUGCACUCUGAGGAAGCACAAGUAUACAUGCAGAAGUAUGUGAUAGGAAAAGUGCAGGGAAGGUGGAGUAAUUUCUUACCCCCCAUACAGGGAGGAUCAUUCAGAACGCUGGUAUCGAAUGAUGAUGACGAGACUGAAGCUUUCAGCUCAUCUGGACGCUCGACACCACCAUCACUCGUCUUUGAUACUGAAGAGACAAGGGACGAUGUCCGUCUGAGGCGCGUAUGCAAUGAUACGCCUAUUUCGGAAAUUUCAUCAUCAGGACCGGAACCGGAGCGAUUCGAAUCUUCGGAAGCAUCAACAGCUCACGCGAUAUCAUCAGACCUUUCAAGAUACCCUCGUCUUGAUCAGAUGUCACAAGACGAGGUCAUUUCACAAUACCGUCAACUCGAUAAGAAAUUGCAAUCCGAGGGACUCUAUAAGUGCCCCUAUAGCUCCUACGCUGUUGAAUUUAUCCGAUACUCCGCCCUUUUUACCCUCUUUUUGAUAUGCCUUCACUACUCCUAUUACACUCUUUCGAGCAUUUUCCUCGGUCUGCUCUGGCAUCUGCUUUCAUUCCUCGUCCACGACGCCGGUCAUUUAAGCAUAACCCAUGGGUUCCACACGGACAGCUGCAUUGGAAUCUUUGUUGCAGAUUUUAUUGGAGGUCUUUCAGUCGGUUGGUGGAAACGGAACCACAACGUACAUCAUAUAAAAACCAACUCGCCCGAGCACGAUCCAGAUAUCCAGCAUAUGCCAUUCUUUGCCAUCUCUUCUCGAUUCUUUGCUUCCCUACGCUCGACCUACUACGACCGCGAUAUGCCUUUUGACGCCGCAUCGCAGUGGUUUAUCAAGCACCAGCAUUACCUCUACUAUCCCAUACUUUUGAUGGGUCGUUUCAACCUAUAUCGAUUAGCAUGGACAUACCUCCUAGAUCCGAAGCAAGCGCCUCGCAAAGGUUCGGCAUGGUGGCAUCGCUACCUUGAAAUGACCGGUCAGGUGUUUUUCUGGUACUGGUAUGGCUACCGAACACUAUACCUUUCUAUCCCGACAUGGUCGUCCCGUAUCGUUUUCCUUUUCGUCUCGCAUAUGGUCACUGCCCCGCUGCAUGUCCAACUCACGCUAAGCCACUUUGCCAUGUCGACUGUCGACGGGGGUCUCCACGAGUCCUUUGCUCAGAAGAUGGUGCGGACGACUAUGGACGUCGAUUGCCCGCCUUGGUUAGACUUCAUGCAUGGUGGUCUCAAUUUCCAGGUCGUGCAUCAUUUGUUCCCUCGUCUCCCUAGACAUAACCUGCGCCGGGCGCAGAAGUAUGUCAAAGAGUUCUGUGACGAGGUUGAGAUUCCUUACGUGAUAUUUACUUUCACGCGCGGGAACAAGGAAGUUAUUAGCAGACUAGGUGAGGUCGCUGAGCAAUUGAGGGUGAUGGAGGAAUGCAGAAGAGUUGCUGCGAAGGAUUUGAUUGAAGGUCACAGUCACUGA